AUGUCUAGCUCCACCGAGGUCGACGCCAAGCAGUACCACAAAGCCCGCGUGGCUACGGUACAGGAAUGGCGUUCCCAGAAUGUCGCAUACCCGCACAAGUUCCAGACUAACAUGAACGUGGCGCAAUUCAUUGAGAAAUAUGAGCACCUCGUUCCCGGUCAGUACAUGGAACGUGAGGAGGUGCGCAUCGCUGGUCGUAUUUCCCGCAUUGCGUCGAGUUCGUCCAAGCUGCGCUUCUACGACAUGCGCUCGAACGGCCUGCGUCUGCAGGUGUUCGUGAACUACGAGUACCACAACGCCAAAAGUGGCGACUUCAAUGAGAUUUACAACUCGAUCAAACGUGGAGACGUCGUGGGAAUCGUCGGUUUCCCUGGUCGCUCUAAGAGAGGUGAAUUGAGUGUGUUCCCACGUGAGACCCAGCUGUUGACUCCGUGCCUGCACAUGCUUCCUGACAAGGCAGGCCUUAAGGACCCGGACACUCGCUACCGCCAGCGUUACUUGGACUUCAUCAUGAACGAGGAUUCCAUCAAUGUGAUGCAGAUCCGUUCCCGCAUCGUCGCUUUCACUCGCAAAUUCUUCUCCAGCCGUGACUUCAUGGAGGUGGAAACGCCCACUCUGAACGUCCAGUGUGGUGGUGCCUCGGCUCGUCCAUUCAUCUCCCACCACAACGAGUUGGAUAUCGAUUUGUUCUUGCGUGUUGCGCCCGAGCUUCCGCUCAAGAUGAUUGUGGUUGGCGGUUUCGAGAAGGUCUUCGAGAUUGGCAAGUGCUUCCGUAACGAGGGUAUCGACAUGACCCACAACCCCGAGUUCACCAGCUGUGAAUUCUACUGGGCCUACGCGGACUACAACGACCUUAUUGAACUGACCGAAGACUACCUGAGCUCCCUAGUUCUUGAGAUCCACGGCGGUUACACGUUCCCCUACCACCCCGAUGGCCCGGAAGGACCUGAAAUCAUCCUCGAUUUCAAGCCUCCAUUCGACCGCAUUUCUCUCAUAGACACUCUCGAACGUGAAAUCGGCACAACCUUCACCCCUCCGUACAACUCCGAGGAGAACUGCGCGAAGUACCGCGAAGCCAUCAAGAACGCCGGUCUGGAGAUGCCCAAACCCGCCACUCCCGCCAAGCUUCUUGACAAGCUGGUCGGCCACUACAUUGAGGACCGCAUCGGCAACCGUCCGGCGUUUGUCAUGGACCACCCGCAGUGCAUGUGCCCGCUGUCCAAGUGGCACCGCAGCCGCCCCGACCUCUGUGAGCGUUUCGAGGUGUUCGUCUGCGGCCGUGAGCUGAUCAACGCCUACACCGAGUUGAACGACCCCUUCAAGCAGCGCGAGUGCCUGCAGGACCAGCGCAAGGCUAGGGAAAUGGGUGAUGACGAAGCCCAAGAUGUUGACGAGGGCUUCUGCGUGGCCCUAGAGUACGGUUUGCCACCGACUGCCGGUUGGGGUGCCGGUAUUGACCGUUUGACCAUGUUCUUGAGCGACCGCAACAACAUCAAGGACGUGCUGUUCUUCCCGACCAUGAAGCCGUUACCUGCCACUAACCCAACUCCUAACACCCCUGCUGAGGGGAAGGCUGGCGAUGACGCCAGCGCCGCUCCCGCCCCGUCAGCCGGGCCCACGGAGGGCGAUAAGCGUGAAUCAUAG